UUCCUGAGGGCCCGCAUGUCCUCUCCCGGCCUCAAGGCCGGCGCCUCAGGAAAGGUGACGGAUUUCAACAACGGCACCUACCUGGUCAGCUUCACCCUGUUCUGGGAGGGCCGGGUCUCCCUGUCUCUCCUACUCAUCCACCCCAGCGAAGGGGUGUCAGCUCUCUGGAGGGCGAGGAACCAAGGCUAUGACAAGAUUAUUUUCAAUGGUAAAUUUGUUAAUGGCACCACCCAUGUCUUCACUGAAUGUGGCUUCACUCUAAACUCAAGCGCUGAGCUCUGCACGUACCUGGAUACUCCAGAUGAAAAUCCCUUUUACUGUGUGAAACCUCCAUAUUUUCCCUGUGAAGCUCUUACUCAUAUGACCACCAGGAAUCGAGACCUUUCUUAUCUUACUGACAAGGAAAAAACGCUUUUUCACAGGUCCAACGUGGGAGUUGAAAUAAUAAAACAUCUUAAACACAUUGAUGUCUCUCAAUGUAACAGAAGUGAAAAGAUAAAAGAAAAAUGCCACGUUGGAAUGGACAGUCCUGUCCCUGCUGGUUAUACUUUACAAGGAAAGUGGGUAACAACAUUUUGCAACCAGACUCAGUUUGAUACAGCAAAGAAAAUUGACUGCUUGAAAGGAAAACUCAUUUACCUGCUGGGAGACUCGACUCUGCGUCAGUGGAUCAAGUACUUACCCAAUGUUGUUAAAUCACUAAAAUUUUUUGAUCUUCAUGGAACUGGAGUAUUUAAGAAACAUUUGCUUCUGGAUGCAGAAAGACACAUUCAGAUUCAGUGGAAAAAACACAGCUAUCCUUUUGUGACUGUUCAACUCUACUCUGUGAAGGAUGAGGCUUAUAUUCCUCAGGAAAUUGACCAGAUACCAGGUGACAAAAAUACAGCCAUUGUCAUCACGAUUGGCCAGCACUUCAGACCCUUCCCCAUUGAAAUUUUCAUUCGAAGGGUCAUCAAUAUCCGAAAGGCGAUUGAACGACUGUUUCUAAGAAGCCCAGCCACUAAAGUGAUCAUUAAGACAGAAAAUAUAAGGGAGAUGCACAUAGAGCCAGAGAGGUUUGGCGAUUCCCUGGGUUACAUUCAACAUCUUAUCAUGAAGGACAUUUUAAAAGAUCUCAAAGUGGGAGUCAUUGAUGCCUGGGACAUGACCAUUGCAUGGGACAGCAAAAUUAUCCACCCGCCUGAUCCUGUGAUUGAAAAUCAGAUUAAUAUGUUCUUAAACUAUAUUUGCUAA